AUGUCACUGCUAAAACAUUUCUUAAGCAAACGCAUAGGUUUGCCUCCAAUGUUUCUACAAACGAGACAAUGCACUCGAAAGGUCGCAGAAAUCUGCCACGUCCUAGACUGCAAAAAGACCAAAGAACCGCCCUUCAACGCGAGGGAGCAACUGAAGACUUUUGGAAUAUUCGUCUCUGAAUGUUUGCCCAAAUACGUCCAAAAGGUCCAGAUCACCCCGUACGACGAGCUCGAGAUAAUGGUCGAACCGGACGGGAUUGCUUGCUGCUUGCAGUUCCUCAAAGACCACCAUAACUGUCAAUUCGAGAUGUUGGUAGAUCUUACCGGCAUUGACGUCCCCUCUCGCCCCUACAGGUUCGAGGUGAUCUACAACCUGCUUUCCCUACGCUACAACGCCAGGAUGAGGGUAAAGACCUAUACAGACGAACUGACGCCGUUGGAUUCCGUCACGAGCAUCUACAAGAGCGCCGACUGGAUGGAGAGGGAGGUAUGGGACAUGUACGGGGUGUUCUUUGCCAAUCAUCCCGAUCUCAGGAGGAUUUUGACGGACUAUGGGUUCCAAGGACACCCCUUCAGAAAGGAUUUUCCCCAAACUGGAUACGUAGAGGUAAGGUACGACGAUGAGAAGAAGCGAGUGGUUUUUGAACCAUUGGAACUGGCGCAAGAGUUCAGAAAAUUCGACCUUUCCUCCCCCUGGAAUAGGUUGUCACCCUACAAGGAAAAGAAAGAAGGAGCGAAAGGGGAAGACAAGGAGAAAAAGAAAAAGCACAAAAAAACAUGUUAA